AUGGAAGUGGAUGCCGCUAAAGUGGCAUUUGAAUCCUUCGGAGAGGUCUUUCGGGUGAAGCGGUUGGAGAAAUUCAACAACUUCGUGCAGGUGAUCUUCUAUGACGUGCGCUCCGCGGCUGCUGCCUUGAAGGCCUUUGGCGAGGCAGGCUGCAUUCCCGGACCCCAGGUCGGUGAACGAACUGUCAAGUUGGCAGGGGACGAUCAACUGUCUACGAAGGAUUUUCAGAAUAUCUCGGAGGUCCUCAAGAGCAAGGAUGGCACGUUUUUUUUGGAGUUCUAUGACAUUCGCGAUGCAAUGCGCUAUCGAACUCCUAAGGAGACGGCACACCAGGCUUUCACGCGAUAG